AAUCUUAGCCGAGGCGACAGACACGAGGAUGGGGCGAGGACCGGCGAAAGCGAAAAAGGAUGCGGGCUCGAGCAAGCGCGGUGCUGCCAGUGCCGCUGCGGCAGGAAAGCAAACCCGCAAGCCCCGCAAGAAGAAGGACCCGAACGCUCCCAAGCGUGCAUUGACUCCGUUCAUGUUCUUUGGCAAGGAGUGCCGAGAGAUUCUCAAAGUCGAAAUGCCCCACUUGGGAUUCCUGGAAGUGUCUUCCGAAAUUGGCCGUCGCUGGGCUCAAGUCAGUGAUCAGGACAAAAAGAAGUACGAAAAGAUGGCGCAGUCUGACAAAGACCGGUAUCAAGACGAGAAAGACCAGUACACGCCUGACCCGGAAUACGAAAAUGCCGGCAAGACCAAGGGUGCUCGUGGCAAGAACAAGGAUCCUAACGCCCCCAAGAGGCCACUGUCGGCGUAUUUCUUUUUCUGCCAGGAAGUUCGUCCAACCAUCCGUGAAAAGAAUCCCACCAAAUCCAUCACAGAAAUUGCCCCGUUGUUGGCCGAACAAUGGCGAUUGCUGCCUGAGAAGAAGCGCACAAAGUACCACAAACUCGCCUCGGAUGCCAAGGCAAAUUACCAAACAGCUUUGGCAACGUACAAGAACGGCGGUGUUGCUGUCGCUGACGAGGACGACGAAGUCGAAGACGUAGAAGAGGAGGUUCAAGAGGAAGACGACGAAGAGGAGGAAGAAGAAGAAGAAGACGAUGAGUAGGGUGGCGUAGACCUUAGUUAUUCCAUGUGGGGGUGUCCCAAAGAAAGGCAUCAAUUCUUGUUAUCGCACAGUGCAUCAUGCAAUUGCGUCGGUCCAACGUCCCGUUCCCUUCCCCAUAGCAUUCCCGCCAAAUCGGAAAAUUUGAAUUUCACAA